AUGGAGAAGAAGCGACGGGCGCGCAUUAAUGUGUCGCUGGAGCAGCUCAGAUCGUUGCUAGAGAAACACUACUCGCACCAGAUCCGGAAACGCAAGUUGGAGAAGGCGGACAUACUGGAGCUGAGCGUCAAGUACAUGAAAAGCCUUCAGAACUCGGUGCAAGGGCUCUGGCCGGUCCCCAGCGGAGCCGAGUACCCGUCGGGCUUCCGCGGCUGUCUGCCGGGCGUUAGCCAACUUCUGCGGCGCGGAGAGGAGGGCGGCGACGGCCUGCGCUGCCCCCUGGCGCACGAGCGCGCGGGUGGCAGCACCAUGGACAGCGCCAGUCCCGGCCCCGAGGCGCCCGCGCGGCGCGGCCCCGGCGCCCCCCCAGUUUGGGCCCCUGAUCCGGCCGCCGGCGGCUCGCGGUCCCCGCCACCCCGGCUCCUCUUCUCUGGAGGUCUCCCCGGUCAGUCCACCAGCAUCCCCGCGCCGCAGUCGGCGUCUCGCCGCUUCGCCGAGAACCCGGGGCCAGGGCUGCGCUUGUGGCGGCCCUGGUGA